AUGGAGGUUAGUAAGUGGAUAUCACCUGAUAAGCUACGUACCUUCUGUUAUUUUGUUGCAAGACUGACUCCGACCACUCUGUUUCUUUACAAGAUGGCAUCCCGAUCGAUUAAUACUCCAGAUGAACUGGAGCAUUUAAUCAGAUGCUAUCUUCGCACCCAAACCGCAAAUGACAUCACGAUCAAUUGCCCAGAAUCUUUGUUGUACGUCGAACCGAUCAAGAAGCUCAUGCAAGAGCAUCCAAGGGGCAAUCAUCCGUGGUUCUCGUACGAUAGGGAGCACUGUCUCCUGAAGCUUUUUGCAAUGGCUCGGCCACUUCAUGACGCCGCUGCAAUGCUAGCAAGUUCGUUCAUGACAAGCGCGGCAGUAAGCCAGUUUAUACCUGCCCAAAUACAACGAAAGAUCGCGAUCAGUACCAAGGGAUUUUUGAUGACCCGAAGCUAUGAACCCCAGUCAGGUUCGAAAGUCCAGGCAUGGACGAAGUACCCAGACCUUUCGAUAGUUUUUCGAGCUGACCAACCGAUCCCUGUCGUUGUUUUCGAAACAGGUUUCUCGGAAGCCUACGACGACCUGAAAAAUGACGCCACCCAGUGGCUACAACGAUCUGGGGGUAAGGUUCGCCUAGUAAUAUUAGUCAAGAUCGAAGAAGAUUUGAAAACGCGUCGGUCAUUACAAAAAGAUCCUGCUUCCAGAAAGCGAAUACGGCAACUGGUUCGGGAAUUUGGCACCGACAUUGUCAAAGAGAAGCAUGGCCUUGACGAACCUGAAAAUGACGAAUCAGAUGCCUCGAACCCAGAUAUUUACGAUAACAUACGAGCCUCCGUAGUGGUUUAUGACUGGGUAGGUCCAAUUACCGCGAACAUGGAGUUAUGGGAGCUGCAUGACGGUGUUCCUAUGAUCCGAGAACAACGAACUGUCCUCCCCCGCCCCGAGUCGCCGACAAACCCUGUGAUCAAAAUCACAGAUCUCGUGCCGCUGGCUUACCGGGAGCAGUUUCAGCACUUCGACGAAACGGCUGUCCAUGAAAUUGAUUUAGAACAUUACAGAGAUUUAUUGCAGGAUGCGCUGCAAGAACAUGCCUUCCAUCGCGCUGUGACUCUGCUUAGAGCAAAGCCGACUUCUAUCGAUUCAAAAUAUAACGCGCCACAGAAUGCCUGA